GUCUCGAAGGAGGGCUACGCCUCCGUGACGGAGGCCAUCGUGCUCCUCAAGACGUACUACAAGUCGAAGGCCAAUGCGUUUCUGCAGGCCAGAGCGUCGCCGGUCGACGAGGACACCCAGGGGCCCGGGUUCUCCGGCUCCUACCGGGGAAAGGCCGACGGCGCCAGGGGCAUCGUCGGGCUCCUCGAGGUGAUCAAGUCGGACUUCGACCGCGCGGUGCGCACCACGAGGGAGGAGGAGGAGAAGGCCCAGAGAGACUUUGUGGAGUUCGAGCAGACGUCCAAGGAGGACAUCGCCGGCAAGGAGAAGUCGCUGGAGCUCAAGCAGGAG